CUAUUGAUGGACCUGUCAGCUAUCCAGUAACAUCUGCAAAUUCUGGAAGGGAAAGCCUAACCUGGGAUAUCCAGAAGACAGCAGUGAAUGAGAUGCUUGUAGAAGAUUGUGGUCACAAGGAGAUGAUUCCUCAUGAAGUCUCUGGAUCCACACAAGAAAUCAAAUGUGAUUUUCCACUUGGCAGACUGAAAUCGGAGCCAGCCAGGCAGUGAAGCCACAGAGGAUAAGGGCAGGGGGCCGGUGAAAAAUGAAAUCCAACCAGGAGAGAAGCAAUGAAUGCCUGCCCCCCAAGAAGCGGGAAAUCCCUGCCACCAGCCUGCCUUCUGAGGUGAAGCCGUUAUUUCUGGCCAGUGAAAAUCACCGCGCCGAUAAUAUAACAUGGCUCUCGAGUACAACCAGCAGCCACAGCAGUGGGCGGAAUCGGUCUGGAGGUACUUCAGUGGAGGCUGGUUCACAACAAGGAGUAGGUUUACACAAGUCACUUUCUACAGGAAUGGAUUAUUCCCCACCUAGCGCUCCUAGGUCUGUUCCAGCCUCCGCCACACUUUCCACAGUGUACCCCUCUGCACUUUCACAGGCAGGAACACCUGUUUCGCCGGUGCAGUACACACACUUGCAGCAUGCUUUCCAGUUUGUUGGGCCUCAGUAUAGUGGACCAUAUGCCGGAUUCAUCCCUUCCCCACUAAUUUCCCCAACAGCUAAUUCUGCAACCACCACAGCAGCCUCUGCCACUGCUGUUGCAACCACUCCAUCCCAGCGGUCCCAGCUGGAGGCAUAUACUUCUUUGCUGGCCACCAUGAGCAAUCUUAGCCAACAAAGCCAGAAAGUUGAGCCGCAUUUAGUCAGGACACCUGGAUUGAUCACGGCAGGAUCUCCACCACCUAUUCAGCAAAACCAGUAUGUCCAUAUUUCCAGCUCCCAGAGUGCUGUUAGAAACGUCUCUCCUCCAGCCAUCCCAGUCCAUUUGCAUCCUCACCAGACAGUGAUCCCUCAUGCCUUUGCCCUCGGCCCUUCCUCCCAGGUGGUAGUGCAAUAUGCAGAUUCUGGCGGCCAUUUUGUGACUCGGGAGCCCACUAAGAAAUCUGAGAGCGGACGGUUGCAGGCUAUGCAAGCAAAGGAAAUACUGAACGGGGAAGUAGACAAGAACAGGCGAUACGGCAUCUCGCCCUCUUCUGAAGUCAAUCUUCUCAAAUCAGGCAAUAAACCACCUCCUCAUCAUUAUGAGGCCAGACAUGUGGUAGUCCACUCUGGUCCUACUGAUUAUAUUGCACGUGAUUCCUCGGCUGUCCGGCCCUCUGUUAUGGUUGUCCCCAACAGCAGUACGCCUACUGCAGACAUGGAGGUUCAGCAGUCCGCCAACAGAGAAACACCUCCUUCAGCCAUCAACGAAAAGGGUAGUUUGCAUUUAGGAAAGACAGGCCACCGAUCCUAUGCUUUAUCUCCACAGCAGACUAUUGGUCAUGAAGGGGUGAAGGCAGUUGCCACUUUAUCCCCUCACACUGUCAUUCAGACCACCCAUAGUGCUUCAGAGCAGCUGCCCGUUGGGUUGCCAGCUACAGCCUUUUACACUGGGACUCAACCACCAGUGAUUAGCUAUCUGAGCAGUCAACAGCAAGCCUUUGGCUAUCCUGGAAGUCUACCACAACAUCUGGUGAUCCCUGGUACCCAACCUCUCUUAAUACCGGUAGGGAGUGCAGAUAUCGACUCCUCGGGGAUGCCACCUGCUAUAGCCACUUCGUCUCCCCAGCUAGCAGCCGUGCCUCAUACGUUUGUCACAACCGCCAUUCCAAAAAGUGAGAAUUUCAAUGCUGAGUCCCUAGUAAACCAGACGGCUUAUCAGGCAGCUGUGGUCCAGGCCCAGAUCCAUCUCCCCCUGGUCCAGCCAGUCCCACCUUCCGCAACAGCUCCUGCUAUAUUGCCUCCUUAUUUUAUGAAAGGCUCUAUAAUUCAGUUGGCGAAUGGAGAGCUGAAGAAAGUGGAAGACUUAAAAACAGAAGACUUUAUACAGAGUGCGGAAAUUAGCAGUGACCUGAAAAUAGACUCCAGCACCGUGGAAAGAAUUGACGACAGCCAUAAUCCAGGCAUUGCUAUGAUACAGUUUGCAGUUGGAGAGCACCGAGCACAGGUCAGUGUUGAAGUUUUGGUAGAAUAUCCCUUUUUUGUAUUUGGACAAGGCUGGUCAUCUUGCUGCCCUGAGAGAACAAGCCAGCUCUUUGAUUUGCCGUGUUCCAAACUCUCUGUUGGUGAUGUCUGCAUAUCACUUACACUCAAGAAUCUGAAGAACGGCUCCGUUAAAAAGGGCCAGUCCAUGGACUCAGCUAGCAUCUUGUUGAAGCACUCUAAAAAUGACAGUCUAGUUGGCAGUAGACAUAGGUAUGUGGAGCAGGAAAAUGGGAUUGAUCAAGGAGGGGUCAAGAUGACGUCUGAAAAUGGUGAACUGAAGUUUCCAAACAAAAUAGGAUUACCUGCAGCAUCUCUACUCACCAAAUCAGAAUCCAGCAAGCCCACAGCAACUCGGAAGCGGAGGUGGUCAGCCCCUGAAACACGGAAACUGGAGAAGUCUGAAGAGGAGCCACCGUUGACUCUUCCCAAGCCUUCUUUUAUUCCUCAGGAGGUUAAGAUUUGCAUUGAAGGGCGAUCCAAUGUAGGCAAGUGAAGUCUAUUAGGGAAAGGAAAUUAGAAUAUCCCUUGUCAUUUUUAUCCAGAUUACUGUACUGUAGGCUAAAUAACCGAGUAUUUACAUGUUAUCAUCUUAUUUUAGGUUAUGUUUAUAACGUUAUAGUUGCAGUUGGUAUUAUGCAGGAGACAGGUGCAUACUUCCCCCACCUAGGUGUUCAUUGGUGAUUAUUUUUUUUCUCAAGAGCUACAAAAAAAGGGCAGUAUCUGCUUGACACAUGAACACACACCCUUUGUGGAAGCAAAUGUUGACAUGGCACCUGUUUUCCAACACUUCAAACAGAAUAUUAGCCUGGCAAGAGAACUCUAGGAAAGACAAACACUAUUGCCUGAUUCAAGAGUAGAAUUGAGAGUUCCACAACAAUGUGAUUCGGUGGUUCUCUCAAGAAAUUUCUGAUGAAGUGUAGACCAGGGGCAAUAAUGGAGAACCGAGCACUCUUUGAGACUUUGCACAAUAAAGUGAUUUUUCCUUUUAAUUUUCUGAUUUUUUUUUUGUUUUGUAUUUUCCAUUCCCACGAUCCA